AUGAUCGGCGCUUAUGCCCAGGCAGGCGCUCUUCCCGCCGCCACUCGCCUCUUCGAGGACAUGCCCGAGACAGAUCUAGUGGCCUGGACUGCGAUGCUCCAAGCGAUAGUUGCCAGCGGAGAUCUCUCCCUCGCCAAGACCACCUUUUCACGAAUGCCGCUGCGCAACGUCGUCGCCUGGAACUCGAUCGUAGUAGCAUUUGCCGCGGCCGGGGAUCUUGCCUCGGCAGAGGCGACCUUCCAAUCCAUGCCCGAGCGAGACAUCGUUUCCUGGAACUCGAUCCUCAGCGCCUACUCCCAGACCGGGCAAAUCGAUGCCGCGAAGCAAGUCUUCCACGCAAUGCCCGUCCACAACCUCGUCUCCUGGAAUGCCGUGCUCGUAGCAGACGCCCAGAACGGGCAUCUUGACAGCGCUCUAGAGACCUUCCAAGCCAUGCCUGGGAGAGAUCUCAUCUCCUGGACGGCGAUGGUGGCGGCCUUUGCGAAAGGUGGCCGUCUCGACAAAGCCAUGGCCACCGCGGAUCAAAUGCCUGGGCGGGACACCGUCUCCUGGAACGCUCUCAUCACCAUGCUCAGCCACUAUGGAUUCGGCAGCCACGCCGUGGAGAGCUUCCGAUCGAUGUGCCUCGAGGGAGGAUUCCCAAACCAGGUCUCCUACUUGGCGCUUCUCAUAGCUUGCAACCACAAGGGCCUGUCCUUCCAAGGAUUGUCCAGCUUCAGCCUCGACUUUGGCGUGGCUCUCUCCGUGGAGCACUACUGCACCAUGAUCGACGUGCUUGGGCGAUCUGGAGAGCUCACUGGAGCGACGGAUCUUGUAAACAGCAUGCCUUACUUGCCUGGAGCAGUCGCCUGGGGAUCUCUCCUCGGUGCUUGCACAGUCCACAGUAGCGUCAAGCAAGGUGCCGUGGCCGCUGAGAACCUGGCCAAGAUGGAGAAUGGUCCGGCACAAGUUCUCUACUCCAAUAUCAUCGCCACUGCUGCUGUACCGCCAUCUUUCGUUCUCGACACAAGCCGCCUGGGGAACAACGAACGAUUCAGCGUGCCGGACAGAGCUUUCGGUUGGCUUUCGGCGGUAACGACGAGCUGUGCACUGUGUGCGCUGGUCCUUCCUGAGUUCCUGACUGCAGCAUAA